GCUGUAUUUCGCCGUCGUCACCACAUUGUAAACUCGGUGGUCGUUUCCUUCUUUGGCAAAGGAGUCUGUUUACUUGUCUUUCGACGGCUCCCAAUUCCUAAUUCCAUUUUUCCUUAGCCGCCUUAAAGUCUCUGCCCUCAUCCUCUCUCAUCCCCGUCUCUCGCAAGCCUUGGUUCGUUGGUUGUAUACGAUGCUGUUUUCUCGGAUAUCGAAAAACCUCAGAGGAAGCUUCAACUCAUGUCGGGGGUUUCUGUCCAUUGGAGACCACAACCACCGGUUUCUUAUCCCGCAUAAUUUUCAUUCGCGUGGAGAUUCUACUCAUCAGGUUAUGAGAAGUUUAAAUUUUUCAAAUGGCCUACCAGCAUUGCAUAGUUGUAGAUAUCUGAUCCAUCAACAAAGCAGCUCCGUAGUUGAGGAUGAACAUGAUCCAUUUUCACUGGUUGCUGACGAAUUGUCACUUCUUGGUAACAAACUCCGAGCAAUGGUAGCUGCUGAGGUUCCUAAGCUUGCCUCCGCUGCUGAAUACUUCUUCAAAAUGGGAGUGGAAGGAAAACGAUUUCGCCCUACAGUUUUAUUGUUAAUGGCAACAGCCUUAAAUCUACCAAUAAAUGAAGCAUCUGCUCCUAUUGAGCUAGGAGGUGACUUGACAACUGAUGUACGGUUAAGACAACAACGGAUAGCUGAAAUAACUGAGAUGAUUCAUGUGGCCAGUCUUCUUCACGAUGAUGUAUUGGAUGAUGCUGAUACCAGACGUGGUAUUGGUUCCUUGAAUUUUGUAAUGGGCAAUAAGUUGGCAGUAUUGGCUGGAGAUUUUCUUCUUUCUCGGGCUUGCGUUGCUCUUGCCUCUUUGAAAAACACUGAGGUUGUAUCUUUAUUGGCAAAAGUUGUAGAGCAUCUUGUCACUGGCGAGACGAUGCAAAUGACUACAACAUCUGAUCAACAGUGUAGCAUGGAGUAUUAUAUGGAAAAGACCUACUACAAGACUGCAUCUUUAAUAUCAAACAGUUGCAAGGCAAUAGCCAUCCUUGCAGGGCAAACAACAGAAGUUGCAAUUCUUGCUUUUGAGUAUGGAAAAAAUCUGGGUUUGGCAUUUCAAUUGAUUGAUGAUGUUCUUGAUUUUACUGGCACCUCUGCAUCCCUUGGAAAGGGUUCUUUAUCGGACAUUCAACAUGGAAUUGUGACAGCUCCCAUACUGUUUGCGAUGGAGGAGUUCCCACAGUUGCGUGCAAUUGUUGACGAGGGCUUUGAAAACCCUGCCAAUAUUGAGCUUGCUUUGGACUAUCUAGGGAAGAGCCGAGGCAUACAGAGAACAAGGGAACUAGCCGUGCAGCAUGCUAACCUUGCAGCAGCAGCAAUUGAUUCCUUACCCGACAGUGACGACGAGGAAGUAAGAAAAUCAAGGAAAGCCCUAAUAGAUCUAACUCACAGAGUCAUUACACGAACAAAGUGAAAGCAAAACUCCCCCUCGCCCCCUUCUUUUUUUCUUUUAUGUGGGUAGUUAAAGGAAAAAAUAUUUGGUAAUUCAAAACCAACAGUUGUCUUUUCUAUAAUUGUUCCCCUGAGCCCAAUUUGUGGGGGAAAUAAGGUGUUUCUAGGAUUAAUGGCGUUGUUCGUUUUUCUUAAUUGUUUAGAUUAAAUUAUCUUAAUUGUUUCUAUCACAAUAAUGACCUUUGGUAAGUUUUGCCA